AUGGUCCGAAUCAAGAUGAAGGCCACCGGCGGACCAUUCAUGUGGAAGAAAUUAGGGCUACCGAGACCACCCAGUCCCUCUGACAGUGAUGACGAAACAUGGGACGCACCACUAGUCCACACCAGCACCGAAACGCCACUGGCUAUGGGAACAGCAUCAGGACGCACCGACUCACCGGCCGCCCAGACAUAUCGCUGGCAAAAGAAACGGCCAAGGACGCCGAUAGCCCCGACAACAAACCCUGCAGACGAAACGCCACCAGAAGCCACCACUUCUUCCGGCCACGGAAAGAAACGGCCAAGAACGCCGUCACCACCCUCACCGUCACACCCAGAACAAGAAACAGAGACUGCUAUUGCCAUACAUCCCGCAGGACACAAAGAAAGUGGUGCGCCCAGCGAUUUGCCCACGGAUACGCCCAACACUAUGCCCAGCAAUGUGCCAAGCGCUAUGCCCAGAAAUGUGCCCACUGAUGCGCCCAGCGAUUUGCCUACUGACUUGCCUGCUGACUUGCCAACUGAUGCGCCCAGCGAUAUGCCGAGUGAUUUGCCCAGCGAUCUGCCCAGACCAACAUGCCCUGAUCACAUCACUCAGGCCCUGCAAUUCAACAAAAUUUCUGAACAGACCGGGCUGGCCAAAAUAUCAUCUCUUCCAUAUCAUCCAGGUAAAUACAUCCAUCAUGGCACCCUUCGCGCACUAAGACUCCAGAAUCAGGAAUUUAGCAAUGCCAUGGGCUGUGAAUGCCCCCAGUCUACUUGGGACUUCCCUGCUGAGUUCAACCCAAGUUCUGCAUACUUGGAGUUAAGUCCAGUAACACCACGCCACGAGCGUGUCUUCAGAAGAAAGAAAGCCAACAAUACCACCACCCAACAGCCAGCCUCCAUCACUGUCCUCGCAGAUGGGAGAACAUAG